GGACUGAGAGUCGUAAACGUGCGUGCUGCCGCUGAUGUGCACAGGUGAUCCGCAGUCUCGCCGUGGAUCGGUGGAAACAUGGGGAAACUUCAGGAGUUCGAGAUCACGUUCGACAAAAACAAAGUGGUGUACAGUCCGGGAGAGUCUAUCACCGGAACCUUGGCCAUUAAACUGGGCCAGCCGCUGCAGUGCAAAGCCAUCAAAGUGAACUGCAACGGUUUCUGUGGCAUCACCAGCAAGGUAAAUGAUACGGCGUGGACAAUGGACGAACAGUACUUCAACAGCACCAUCUCCGUUGCAGAUAAAGGAACCCUGAAACAGGGAGAACACACUUUUCCCUUCAAGUUCCUCAUUCCAGAAUCUGCUCCAACCUCUUUUGAAGGCAACUAUGGCAGGAUCAUUUACAGAGUGAGGGCUUUUAUUGACACGCCGCGGUUUUCCAAGGACUACAACACAGAGAAAGCAUUCUACCUGCUAAGACUUCUAAACCUGAAUGAAGUGCCAGACAUAUGGGGAUCCUGUUCAUCUGCAGUGACCCAGCAGUUCACCUACAUGCUAGUGAAAACAGGCACAGUGGUCAUGAAGGCCCACACUGACAUGAAGGGUUACACACCAGGCCAGAUCAUCCAGGUGAUGACCAACAUUCACAACCAGUCUGGCAAGAACACGGGCAACAUGGCGGCCAGCCUGAUGCAGAGAGUGACCUAUGAGACAAAGAGGCCCACCCAUGAUCUGAGGACAAUAGCGGAGGUGGAGGGCGGUGUGGUGAAGGCCGGCAAGGAGGUGGAGUGGAAGGAGCAGAUCAUUAUCCCUCCUCUUCCUCAGUCGUCCCUCGUUGGCUGUGAUCUUAUAAAGAUUGAAUAUUAUGUCAAAGUCUGUCUGAAGUCUCCAGACGUCAUGUUGACGUUACCCAUCCACAUCGGGAACAUCUCUCUAGACAAAAAACAGCACCCUUCCAAAAGAGCAGCUCCUCCUUCCUCUGCCGCAGCUGAAGACACACUGGCCUCUGCCUCUACCCCCGACACUUCCACCUCUGCCUCCACCCCCAACACAUCCACCUCCACUUCUGCCACCACGCCCACGCUGCCACCUCGUCGUGCCCCAAAACCCGCUCCCCGCCCUACUCCGCGCUCCAGGAUGUCCUCCCAUAACUCCCCCAGUGCUCCUCCAGCUGAGUACCACCAGGGGGCGGAGGGUGGGACUCCAGUUAAUGACGGCGUCCCCAACAAGCGCCAGUCUCAGCUGGUAUCACCCAACGCUUUCAGCUAUGCCCCUGGCCUCUUUUUCUCCCAGAACCAGCAGCACGGCGGGCCCGGCACUGCACCUGGCGAGCCUGCGUUCGGUGGGACCACGGGGGCCACAGCACCUUAUGCCCCUGGGGGUGCUCCCUCGAUGCCUUCACUACUCAUCCUGCCUCCAGACUACGGCACCUCAGCAUAUCCACACGAGGCUCCUCCCUCUUAUGACGAGAGCUGCAACACAUGAAGAGGACGAAGCACGAGAACCUGCCGCCCCGCCAGGAUGACGAUCAGUUCACUCUCAUAUCAAACAGAAUGUUGGACUGUUUGGAAUGACCAAAAUAAGAGUCCUGCCAUUUUAAAAGGUUGUAACCAACUUGGACAAAAUGAUUGCAAGACACAGAGGAAACCCAAUGCAACCUGGUAUAAUAAGGGUUUUUUAGGCCUCAACCCCCAUAUUUUGUGCAUGUUUCUAGCUAAAUGUAAGAAUGCAGAAUUUUGAUUUGAAAUGAAAGUGAAUUGAGCUCUGUUUUCCAGUGAACACAUACCUUCGCUCAUCUAACGGGUGUUAUUCUCUCCUUCGGACCAUCCUCAGCUAAUCAACACAGCCUUUUUAAAAUCAACGUUUGAAGUACUUUUAGCACUUUCAAUAAAAGGAAAGAGGAGGAGAAUAUGCAGAAUUUUAUUUGCUGUUCUUUGUACAGCCACAGGAGUCAUGAUUUUAGUUGUGGGUUAUCUAGACGGCAUCUGUGAUGUCAAGUUUGAAUGUUUGUUUGAUGUAUCUGGCAAAACAAACCAUCUCAUUUAGUAUUCAUUUUAUUUUUUAUGCCAAAUAAGAAAUUAACCAGUGGAUUUUUUAUUGAUCUUUAUUCGUGUGGCAUAUUUUCAUUAGAAUUUCUAUAUUUAAUACAGGAUAAAAUGGUUUGUUUGGAAAGGUCUUUUUUUAUUUGCCUUUGAUCAGGAAUUAUCAAUUUUAUGAUGAUAAUGAACAAUCCAGAUAUUGCUGUUGCAAGUUGCUUACAUACAGCUUCGUAAGGAUAAAAUGCAUGAUUUGCCAUGUUACUUCCAUGUGGUUGAACUGUGUUGUAAUGACUGUAAACUUCCUAUGAGAAAUGGUGUAUAUUCUUCUUCCCCUGCUGAAAGUGCAUUGUUUCUGUACAUGCCAGACAUCUUCUCGUGUCUGAAUUCUUUUAAUAGUUACAAUAAUUGAAUAUUGCUGUCAUUGGAGGUUUUUCUUUGGCCCUUCUCAAUUUAGCUCGCAUCUGUUUUAAUCGCAGAGUUUUGUGAAUACGUUUUAAUAUUUUUUGAUCAAGUUAAAUCCAUAAACAUGCAGAAAGACAACGAUUUUAUUUUAUUAUUUAUUAUUUCUGAUGGUUUCCAACUGCUGUCAGGAUUCCAUUAAAUCUGUUAAAACUA